ACCCAUUGACUUUCCACUCAGCAAAGACGGCGACUCAGCCAUCUAUCGUUGUGCGAAUUCACAAUACAUUGCAGUAUAUAUAUUCAAAGUUUCGGUUCCAAGGCUCUUAUUUAUUCGCUCAAAUUCUCGUUCACUGAUCAUCAUCAUUCAAUCUCUUCGCUUCGGGAUUAAUUCUGUGAUUCUAGGUCAGGUCGGUGGGAAUUGAUUGUUGAGAAAGGAUGUGGGCAGCUUCUUGCCUGGCUUCGUGCUGUGCGGCGUGCGCUUGCGAUGCAUGCCGCACCGUAGUAUCAGGGAUCAGCCGGCGUUCUGCUCGGAUUGCGUAUUGCGGCCUCUUUGCCCUUUCGUUGAUCGUGUCUUGGAUUCUCAGGGAGGUUGCUGCGCCUCUCAUGGAGAAGAUUCCCUGGAUUAAUCAUUUUCACCAAACACCAGAAAGGGAGUGGUUUGAGACAGAUGCAGUUCUCCGAGUUAGCUUGGGCAACUUUCUAUUUUUCUCUAUCCUAGCUCUUCUAAUGGUUGGUGUAAAAAAUCAGAAGGAUCCUCGUGAUGGUUUGCACCAUGGUGGGUGGAUGAUGAAAAUUAUUUGCUGGUGCCUUUUGGUAAUCUUUAUGUUUUUCCUUCCCAAUGAGAUAAUCAGCUUCUAUGAGACAACGUCCAAGUUUGGUUCAGGAUUGUUUCUUCUUGUCCAAGUUGUACUUUUGUUGGAUUUUGUUCAUGGAUGGAACGACAAAUGGGUCAAAUAUGACGAACAAUUCUGGUACUUUGCCCUGUUUGUUAUCUCACUUGUUUGUUACAUAGGAACAUUUGGCUUAUCUGGACUUCUCUUCUACUGGUUUACUCCUUCUGGACAUGACUGUGGGCUCAACACCUUCUUUAUUGUCAUGACACUGUUUUUUAUUGUUAUUUUUGCUAUCGCCUCAUUGCAUCCUGCAGUAAGUGGCAGCAUUUUUCCAGCUUCCGUUAUAUCUUUGUACUGCAUGUACCUCUGCUACUCUGGGCUGGCCAGUGAACCGAGGGAUUACGAAUGCAAUGGACUUCACAAACAUUCUAAAGCUAUUUCUACUGGCACACUUACUCUUGGACUGCUUACUACUGUUCUAUCAGUUGUCUACUCUGCUGUCCGUGCUGGUUCUUCUACUACCCUACUCUCACCACCAAGUUCACCUCGUGCAGGUGCUGGGAAGCCUUUACUUCCCCUGGACAAAGUGGACGAGCAGGAAGAGAAGGAAAAGGCUAAGCCAGUUACAUAUUCGUAUUCAUUCUUCCACAUCAUCUUCUCCCUUGCUAGCAUGUACUCGGCAAUGCUUCUCACAGGGUGGUCAACCUCGAUUGGAGAGAGCGGGAAGUUGAUUGAUGUUGGGUGGCCAUCUGUCUGGGUCCGAAUUGUCACAGGAUGGGCAACUGCUGGUUUAUUCAUCUGGUCUCUUGUUGCCCCUCUAUUCUUCCCAGAUAGAGAGUUCUGAGUCUCCAAUGUGGUCAAUUCUGGACACUGAUUGCUAUGCCUACAUCCAGAAACAUCAUCAUCAGAUAAAACUUAAUGACUACUCGUAUAUGAUUUGCAAGGGCAUGGAAUGCCGUCGUCUAAACAAGUGUGGAUCUUGAGUAUGUAGCAGUAGUACAUGUUUGUGUGCUUGAAAAGUUGGCAUGACAGGUUUGGUAUGUGAAAUAAAAGCACACUACACUGGUCUGUUAUGAUAUCUUGUGCUUCCUUGAAGGAUUGAAAAUUGACAUUUUCAACUGAAAACAUAUACGUUAGUAUAUGUUUAUUGGGCAGUUAAGCCCCGUUUGUUUGUGUUCAUAAAUUGGUCACCUUGUUGGCUUGAUCAAA